UCGCUCUCAUCAGCUCGAAAAGAAGAACGAUGGAAGCCCUUCAACAGUGCUGAACCCCAGAAUGAACAAAGUGGCUUUCUGGCUGUGAACUAGCUCAGACUGACCAAAUGGAGACCUCCUGUGUGGCCUGACUUUAUGGGGACCAGACCAAGUAAGGACACAGAGAACUGACGCUGUGAAGGGUUCAAUAUCUUUAGAAUGUCUGAGGACGAGUCGACGGUAAAAGGUGUGUCUGGUCUAGAGUCCGACACUUCAGUCCCUCAGGAGAAUCCUGGACCUGUGGUUGGCCGGCUGCGUUUACGUUCAGCUCCUGGAGCUUGUGUGCUGUUCGCUGGGGUGCUGCUACUUGUAGGAAUUGGUGUGGCUGUGGGCGGCUACUGGCCUCAUCGCACCCGGCGGCCAGUGUCACACCACCCUCCAACUGGCCGAACACCCGCUGAGAAACUCAAAUUGGUCGGUCCUAUCAUCAUGGGGGUAGGCCUGUUCAUCUUUAUCUGUGCUAACACACUCCUGUAUGAGAACCGAGACCGGGACUGGGACCGUCAUCGUAGACGGAAUACAGGAAGCAAAGAAAACUCUUUACCAACUCAAUCAGAGAAGUAUGGGGACACCAGCUCAGUAAGGUACCUGCAGCCAGAAACAAGCCUUAACAGAGAUUCACUGGUGUUGUCAGAUUUUAACAUCUACUGCCUGCAAGAGGGGAUGACCAUUCCUACUUUGAAGUGCUCUUCCCCCUCCUCUGACUCCUGCAACUCCAGUCAGGUGAACUUUGAUCUGGACAAGCAAUCUCCUCCUACAGAUGGCAGGGGUGUAGUUACAUUGACCCUUCCAGUCAUCAAGUUGAACAACUGCCUUAUAAGCUGCCCAGAAGCUCCACCCCUUCCAGAGCGCACUUACCAGACCAGGGUGGCAGUGGCUACUGUUACAAAUGUAGGAUCAACACAAAUAGAGCCACCCAGUUUGGUGUUAAUGAGAGAAUGCAAGUACACAGAGAUUGAGGAUCGGUAGACAGAAAAGAAAGUUAGAAAAUAACUGAAGUUGGGAAGAAGAUCCUUACCUAACACUCCAGCUCCUUCCUAUCUUACUUCCUAUACACUUGCAGGGUUGGGACAGCUACUUUCCCAAAAUUUGUAGUUAGCUACAAUUUAGCUACUUUUCCAGAAAGAGUAGUGGCUACUUUUUAAGCUACUUUUUGAAAAGUAAUAUGCUAUUUUUUAGCUACUUUCAAAGCGUGGUUGUCAGAAUAUUUGUGAAUCUCCACCUGACACACCAAGCAAGCCCAACUGAUGUUAGAACAACACACUGACUAAACUAAUUAAAAGACUAAAUUAAUUAAGACUAAAUGCAAAGACUGCUGGGAUAGGCUCCAGCACCCCCCCGCGACCCUGACGGAGAAGCGGCUUGGAAAAUGGAUGGAUGGAUGGAUGCAAAGUCAAUCUUUCCAAGUUUUUCCUAACUAUCAACAAAAAUAACCGAAUACAAUCCAAAGAAUUUUGUGUAACGUGUUGUCAACUGUUGAAAUAAAGCUGCUCCAAUUUAAACAUUUUAUAACAUUAUGAGCACCUCCCUGUUUUGAUGCUCAUUGUCCAUUUUAUCAGCUCCACUUACACUAU